GAGGAUUGGGGUGGUUGGGUGCAAUCACCACAGCCCAGAAGGAGAGCGUAGGUAAGCAAGUGAGAUGAAGUAGCUACUCUUUCCAUGUCCAGCAACAUUACUCAGAGAAAAGGGUGAGCAAGUGGGAAGAGAGGUGCCUGCUCCAGUUUCUCCCUGGAGAGCAUCACGGUCCCAAUCCUCCCUGCCAGGGCUGUCCAGAGAGGGAUGCAACUCCUUAAUCCAUGAUGAAUGAAUGCCACUAUGAUAAACAAAUGGACUUCUUUUAUAACAUGAGUAAAACAGACACGGCGGAUGAGUGGUCGGGGACAACGCUGGUCAUUGUUUUAUGUUUCGGGACCUUCUUUUGCUUCUUUAUUUUCCUUUCAAAUUCACUGGUUAUCGCUGCUGUGGUAAAAAACAAAAAGUUUCACUACCCCUUCUAUUACUUGCUAGCCAAUCUAGCUGCUGCGGACUUUUUUGCAGGCAUCGCUUAUGUAUUCUUGAUGUUCAAUACUGGCCCAGUGUCAAAAACAUUAACUGUUAAUCGAUGGUUUUUGCGCCAGGGACUCCUGGACACAAGCCUCACAGCUUCUCUGGCCAACUUAUUAGUCAUUGCUGUUGAGAGACAUCUGUCUGUUGUGCGGAUGAGGAUCCACAGUAACCUCACAAAGAAGAGAGUCACCUUUUUCAUUUUGUUGAUCUGGGCCAUAGCUAUUUUCAUGGGCUCAGUGCCCACGUUGGGCUGGAACUGUCUCUGUGACAUUUCAACCUGCUCUUCCCUGGCUCCUAUCUACAGCAGGAGCUACUUGAUAUUCUGGACAGUCUCCAACUUGGGGGUUUUCCUCAUCAUGGUGGUGGUGUACAUAAGAAUCUACAUGUAUGUCCAGAGGAAAACCAAUGUUUUAUCUCCGCACACUAGUGGAUCCAUCAGUCGCAGGAGGACUCCAAUGAAGCUUAUGAAGACAGUCAUGGCGGUGUUAGGUGCCUUUGUUGUGUGCUGGACUCCUGGCCUUGUCGUUCUGCUUCUCGACGGCUUGAAUUGCACUCGUUGCGAGGUUCAGAAUGUAAAAAGGUGGUUUCUUCUCCUGGCCCUGCUGAACUCAGUCAUGAAUCCGAUCAUUUACUCUUACAAAGACGACGAGAUGUCAAGUACUAUGAGGCGAAUGAUCUGCUGCUCUUUUGAGGAGAGAAGCCAGGAGCGCCGGUCUUCCAGGAUCCCCUCCACAGUGCUCAGUAGAAGCAUUGAUACCUCCAGCCAAUACUUAGAAAAUGGCAUUAGCCAAGGGACGAUCAGUGGCAAAGAAAAUACAUGAGAAACUCCUUUUUUCUCCUUAGAUGUGGACUGCAGUGGCGAGGAAGGGAUGGCGGUGGCAGCGAAUGGAAUGAGCUCUGAACCAGCUGAGGUCACUGAACCCUGAAAGCACAGAAGAAUAUGUUCUCCGUACCAAAACCCAGGGUUACCUGACAUCUUUGUAAAUAACUACUGGAUGGAUGGAAAGAAAAUGUACUUGGUGAAAAACAACAGAAGGAGUAGUCUUAUUCUAUAGUGUUUCUGUUAAGACUGGAAACAGUACAAGCAGCAUUGUGGAGUCCUCCUUCCUCAGAGACCUAGCAUUCACCUGAGGUGGUAAAUCUGUGGCUGGAUUGCACUACUACAGACUACUGUGUCAGGGUGGUUCUCAGAACUGAAUGUUUCUUCAUUAAAUAAAAAAAUCCUCAUAGAUAGCUAGGAUGUUAUGGAGAAGAGUUGUAGAGUAGCUUCCUAGUUCUCUAAGUGGAGUAGGGUUUUCGUUGUUGUUUCGUUGUUGUUGUUGUAUAGUGGACCAUUCCAUCAUGUGAGCUACUCCACCCCUGCAUUCUGAAGUGAUCCAGCCAGACAUACAUUUGCCACCUCAGUGAGCAUCAGACCACAGUUUCAGCCUGCUCCUUUGCACGUUUACUAGGAAGUAUGUUCCAUUUUGUUCAGUGUAACAUGCUUCCAAA